CGCGCCCCCUGUACGUGGUGUCCUCUGCUCUGAGACGGUCGUGGCAGCAGCACUUUAACAAGGUAAGAACACUGUGAGACAACCAGCAAGAUGGAAACGAAGGUGACAUCAGAGCCGAAAUCCAACGGUGUGCUGAACGGAGGGGCAAGGAUUGUUGUGGAUGAUGAUGAUGAAGUUCUUAGGCCAACCGACCUCUCCGAGAUGUUGGCAGAGGGGACCAAGGAGUCCCACGACAGAGCGGAGAACUGCCAGUUUGUUAAAGAUUUCCUCAGAGGUCGCAUCAAAAGGGAGCUGUUUAAGAGAGGUACAGCAGCUCUGUAUUUCGUCUACUCGGCCAUGGAGGAAGAGAUAGAGAAGAACAAAGAUCAUCCUCACAUCGCGCCAAUCUAUUUCCCCACAGAGCUUCACAGGCGUGAGGCCCUGGCCAGGGAUCUCGAGCAUUUCUAUGGAGAGGACUGGGAGAGCCAGGUCAGCCUCUCUGCAGGCACCAAGCCCUACGUGGACCGCAUCCACGAGGUGGGAGGGAAGGACCCAGUGCUGCUGGUGGCCCACUCCUACACCCGCUACAUGGGGGACCUCUCAGGCGGACAGAUCCUGAAGAAAGUGGCCCAGAGGGCACUGAAGCUCCCCUCAACGGGGGAGGGUCUCAACUUCUACCAGUUUGAGGGUAUCCACAGUCACAAGGGCUUCAAGCAGCUUUACCGAAGCAGGAUGAACGAGCUGGAACUGGACGCUGACACCAAGGAGAGGAUUGUGGAUGAGUCCAACCGGGCCUUUGGCUUUAACAUGAUGGUAUUCACAGAGCUGGAAGAGAUUGGGGAGACCAUCAAAGAGGAAGUCCAAGAUGCAGGUCUUGGACACAGUCAUGCAGAGAUCAUGCAGGGAGGUGAUAUCAACAAGUGCCCCUACUAUGCUGCAAAAAUGGCUGCCAGUGGAAAUCCCACCUAUGUGUGCCAGUUAGCCAUGAUGCUUCUCAGACAUCCGCCCUGUCAGGUGGCCCUUGCUGCCUGCGUGGCCGUCCUUGCCGGGUUCACUGCCUGGUACCUUGUGUGAGCUCUGACACACUCGCUCUGCCAAGAAUCACAUCUGAGGAGGAAACUGUUGCAUCCAUCCAAACUUUAUCCUCUUUAUUGUGACUCGCACUGUCUGCAAGUAGCACACAAUAAACCAGGAAUUAAACAUUUUUUAAAUAAUGUUUUUUGCCAAACAUUUGACGCAGUUGUUCAUUGACAUUUUUCGUUGGGUUUUUAUUUCUUCUUAUUUUCCCUGAAUGAUAGCACUCGUUUCUGCUGAACCAACUUGUGAUGCAACUGUAGUGUGACCAUGAAAAGAGACUUUAUGAUGCAUGUGGUUUGUAUGCUGUAUUCAGCGGUAAAAUGCAUACAGAGGUAGAGGCAUUUUACCAUAUAGAAAUAUUAAAUGCAUACUCUUCGUCCGUGUGGUUAUAUUUUUAGUUGAAUGGAUUUAAUAUGAAAGAGAAUUACACAUUGUGUUGAAUGUGUUGCUGCCUAAAGAUGCACUGAUGUACAACUUGCACAUUUUGUCAGUCAGUGAAAACGGUGACAUCAAUUACAUCUUUUUGAAAUACUUGCAUUUUAUGUCCUUACAAAUAUUUGAAAACACUCGAGCUCAUUGUUUCUGUGCAUCUGUGCUUUCAGAAAGCAUUAAAAGGUUAAAAUGGGCAUAUUGUAAUGACAGAUACAUCCUGCAACAAUCAGGAUCAUUUUUACACUAUAAUAUUUUGUCAGCGUUACAUUUUUGGAUGCAUGAUACUCGCAAAGUGAUUUGCUUUACCUCAUAAUAACAAUAUAACAUUGAGAAAAACUCAAUUCCAUAUGGAAAUACAAUGUAAACAAAUGGCUUUUGGUGCAGAGUGUUAAAAGCUCUAAGACUGUGCAGUAUUUAUAUGAUACUGGUCAGCAAAAAAUGUCCGUGCUUCAUUACUGUAAUUCCAAACAGCCGUAAUCUGUCAUUCACUGUAGUGCUGCGCAGUCACUCAUAGCAGGAACUAAGAUAAGCAUCACUCAGCACAUACAAAAUGUACACUCAGUUGACAUAUCGCCUACUCAUUUUGGAGGCAGUUGCAAUUUGUUGUGCUGUUGAACUGUUUUCAGUGGAGUCCCAAAACUGCUGUUUGCGUUUGACUUUUUUUUGUUUUGAUUUUGUUCACUGCUGAUUAAAUUCAACUUGAACAUUAAAUUACAACAGAGCUUAUGAUA